AUGCUUACUGCCUCAUCUGCUGUUUGGGAGGAGCUCUCUUCAGCCGUGUCUCAGCUGGAGGCCAACCUGACCAGACUUCUGAUGUUUAAAAGGGAGGAAGAAGAGAGGAUUCAGAACCACAAGGCGAUCGUACUGAGCCUUGGAGACCACAUCUCCACAGAACUUCGGCAACUCCGCCGCUUCCUCAGUGGCUGCGAGGAGGCAUGGAAGGCCCGGCUGAACGAGGGAGGAGAAGCCCUUCUUCGACAGGCAGAAGAGAGGCUGGCGGCACUGGCGGAAGCCAGCCAGGCGGCCCAGGAAUUGUUGUUGGAAGCCCGGAGCCAUCUGCAGCUCCAGGACCCUGCCGCGUUCCUCAAGGGUAUACCCUCACUUCUGAACAGAGUGAAGCAGCAGCAAAGCAUUCCAGCUCUCCCGAAUUCUGAUAAAUUCCUCCAAUUGCAGAUGCUAGGACAGUUCAAAGGCCCCAUCCAGUACACUGCGUGGAAGGAAAUGAAAUCUGCUCUCAACAUUGAGUUCCCCCGUAUAACUCUGGACCCUGAAACAGCUCAUCCUUGCCUCGUUCUUUCAGAUGACCACACCUGCGUCCAGGAUGGCCACCUCCGCAGGGACGUCCUGGACACUCCUACGCGGUUCAACUACUGCGUGGCAGUUUUAGGCUGCCAGGGCUUUUCUUCAGGGAAGCAUUAUUGGGAGGUGGAGGUGGGCAACAAGCCAUCUUGGACCUUAGGGCUGGCUAGCAUUUCCAUCAACCGCAAGGGGAAAAUUGCCGCCUCCCCUGCCAAUGGCUACUGGGUGAUCCAGCUACAAAAUGGGGUGGAGCUCAGGGCCAAGGACACCCCCCCUCAAAGGCUGUGCCCUGCCUCCUUUCCCAAGAGAGUUGGGGUUUAUCUGGAUUACGAAGGGGGGCUGGUGUCUUUCUAUGAGGCCUCCACCAUGACCCACCUCUACACUUUUGUAGCCCCCAGGUUCCGGGAAACUCUGCUCCCUUAUUUCUGCCCCGGACUUUAUAACUCAGGAGUGAACGCAACCUCCUUAAAAAUAUGCUAUCUUCCAGUUUUGUAGAAGAGAAAGA